AGCCCUUCGAACGGCGAGGAACCAGCUGCAUCUUGCAAUAUUUCCUUUCGAAUGCGCCGAGUUCCUUCUGCGCCAGCUACAUCCGCUGACACUGACUACUGUUGCAUUCCGAUGAAGAUUCAAUAUCGUAAUGAUGGCCUCGAACUCGAGGAUGUUGCAGACGAAACGGUGGCUGAGUUGGCUACAAGAUGUGCCGAACGGAUUGGAGCCGAUGUCGAACGAGUGUCCCUCUUCUUCAUGCCUAAGCCUGGCUUCAUGAAGCAUCCCUUCUCCGAUAGAAAACUCAGCGACUUCCUCACCCCUACUACGCGGAUAAAACUCGUCGGUACGCCCAAUGCGGAGGUCAAGAAAAUGGAUGAUAUGGGCGCAGCCAGUCGAAGAAUCAUGCGGCCGAGCACUUUCAAACCAGUCAAGGCGAACAAGGUGCGUGAUUGGAAAAAGGUCCAAGAGGAAAGCACGUACACUUUCCACGCGAUAGAACCUCUGCCGUAUUUGCCGAAUCCUGAAAAGAGCAGACGGUACCUGGAGCGGCUGGCGAACGAUCCCGGCAUCAAGGCGUCGAUGCGUAAGAACAAAUUCAGUGUUGGCCUUUUGACGGAGAUGAACCCUGCCGAGCAUACUACACACGAAUCUAAAACGCUGGGUUUGAACAGAAAUCGAGGCGAAGUCAUCGAAUUGAGAUUGAGGACGGACUCAUAUGAUGGGUACCGAGACUACAAAGUCAUCCGAAAGACGCUUUGCCACGAGUUGUCCCACAAUGUUUGGGGCGAACAUGACCGCAACUUCUGGGAUUUGACAAAGCAGAUCGAACAAGAGGUGGAGCGCAAUGAUACACUGCAUGGUGGCCAUCGUCUAUCGAGUGAGGAGUUCUACAACCCGAACGACUUGUACGAGGAUGCGGAUCACGCUGAUUCCGGAGGCUGGACAGGAGGUGAUUUUGUGCUUGGAAGAUCGAAGGACGGCUCGAACGAGGAAGGUCUCAGUAGGCGCGAGAUCAUUGCUAGAGCGGCAAUGGCCAGGCAGCAGAAGGCGAAGCAGACCAGGGGUCAGCAGGAACAGGAAACAUCGCCACCGUCGUGAAAAUGGAUGAAGUCGCAUGACGUUGAUGAGGUGUUUGAUACACAUUUGGGAUAGGGUCAACCGGAUGAUGGGUUUUUGUUAUAGCGGGGCGCUGGUGGCAUGUUUUGGAUGAUAAGGCUUUGUAAAUCUAUAGGUAGCCGUGGCUAAUAGUUUCCUCCGUAAGUCGGAAAUUUGCGCCAAUCACAAGUGAUAGGGCCAAACCACGCGCGCCAGCGCGUGGCCGCGAGCAAAACGCGUUUUCAUAGCAAAAUGCCAUUUUAUAAAAUA